GCGGGCGCGCAGGGCGCACACCGGCCGGCGGGCUGAGGCGGCCCGGGAGGUGGAGGCGCCCGCGGAGUCGGAGGCGGCGGGUCGGCGGAGGCGCCGCGGAUCCCGGAGCGGGAGCGCGUGGAGCCGAGGAGCCUGCGGAGGCCGAGGAGCGCGGGGCGGCGGGGAGGCGGCCGAGCGCGGGGAGCCGGGCCCGCGGACCUGUGGGCGCGCGGUCCGGCCGGGCCCCACCCGCGCCCGUGCCCCCGGCCCCGACCCCCGCGGCGCCCGGCGGCGGAGCGCGGCCGCGAGGAUGUCGGCGGGCGGCCGCGAGGAGGAGCGGCGGAAGCUGGCCGACAUCAUCCGCCACUGGAACGCCAACCGGCUGGACCUGUUCGAGAUCAGCCAGCCCACCGAGGACCUGGAGUUCCAUGGAGUGAUGAGGUUUUAUUUUCAAGACAAAGCGGCUGGGAACUUUGCAACAAAAUGCAUCCGGGUCUCGAGCACGGCCACCACGCAGGAUGUCAUCGAGACGCUGGCCGAGAAGUUCCGGCCGGACAUGCGCAUGCUGUCCUCUCCCAAGUACUCGCUCUACGAAGUGCACGUCAGCGGAGAAGAAAGAAGAUUGGAUGUGGAAGAGAAGCCCCUGGUCGUGCAGCUGAAUUGGAAUAAAGAUGACCGCGAGGGCAGGUUCGUCCUGAAGAACGAGAACGACGCCGCUCCUCCCAAGAAGGCUCAGAGCAAUGGACCUGAAAAGCAGGAAAAGGAAGGCGUUAUCCAGAACUUCAAGCGGACUCUCUCCAAGAAAGAAAAGAAGGAGAAAAAGAAGCGAGAAAAAGAGGCCCUGAGACAGGCAUCCGACAGAGAGGACGGGCCUUUCCGAGGGGAAGACGUUGAGAAUUCUCGCCUGGCUGCUGAGGUUUACAAAGACAUGCCCGAAACCAGCUUCACCCGCACCAUCUCCAACCCCGAGGUGGUCAUGAAGCGGCGGCGGCAGCAGAAGCUGGAGAGGAGGAUGCAGGAGUUCCGCAGCUCGGACGGGCGGCCCGACUCAGGUGGAACGUUGAGGAUUUAUGCAGAUAGUUUACGACCAAAUAUCCCCUACAAGACCAUCCUGCUGUCCACCACGGACCCUGCGGACUUCGCGGUGGCCGAAGCGUUGGAGAAGUACGGCCUGGAGAAGGAGAACCCGAAGGACUACUGCAUUGCCCGGGUUAUGCUCCCUCCUGGAGCCCAGCAUUCUGAUGAUAAAGGUGCUAAGGAAAUGGUCCUUGACGAUGACGAGUGCCCCUUACAGAUCUUCCGGGAGUGGCCCAGCGACCGCGGGAUUUUAGUCUUUCAGUUGAAGAGGAGGCCCCCAGACUAUGUCCCCAGGAAAACCAAGAAGCACCUGGACGGGCGGCCCGCGAAGGGCAAGGAGAGAGCCGACGGGGCGGGCUACGGCUCCGCGCUGCCACCUGAGAAGCUGCCGUACCUCGUGGAGCUGAGCCCAGGGAGAAGGAACCACUUUGCCUACUGCAGCUAUCAUGCUCACGAAGACGGAUCUGACUCCAGAGACAAGCCCAAGCUCUACCGCCUGCAGCUCAGUGUGACUGAGGUCGGGACAGACAAGUUUGACGACAGCUCUAUCCAGUUGUUUGGUUCAGGAAUUCAGCCCCAUCACUGCGACCUCACGAACAUGGAUGGUGUGGUCACCGUCACUCCCAGAAGCAUGGACGCGGAGACCUACGUGGAGGGGCAGCGCAUCUCGGAGACGACCAUGCUGCAGAGCGGGAUGAGUGUGCAGUUCGGGGCCCAGCACGUGUUCAAGUUCGUGGACCCCAGCCAGGACCACGCUCUGGUGAAGAGGCCUGUGGACGGGGGCCUGCCCGCUAAGGGCCCCAGACACAAACCCGGAAGUGUUCAGGAGACAACUUUUGACUUAGGAGGCGAUAUUCACAGCGGAACAGCGUUGCCAACAAGCAAGAGCUCCACUCGACUGGACAGCGACAGGGUGUCGUCUGCCUGCAGCACAGCCGAGCGGGGCAUGGUGAAGCCGAUGGUCCGCGUGGAGCAGCAGCCCGAGUACCGCUGGCAGGAGAGCAGAACGCAGGAUGCUCCCGGGCCUGAGCUGGUGCUGCCUGCAAGCAUUGAGUUCAGGGAGAGCUCUGAAGAUUCAUUUUUAUCUGCUAUUAUAAAUUACACGAAUAGCUCCACAGUCCACUUUAAGUUGUCGCCUACAUACGUGCUCUACAUGGCCUGCCGGUACGUAUUGUCGAGCCAGUACAGACCGGAAGUCAGUCCCCCCGAGCGCACCCACAAGGUGAUCGCCAUCGUCAACAAGAUGGUGAGCAUGAUGGACGGCGUGAUCCAGGAAGUAGACCAGGUUGAACAGAAACAGAAGAACAUCGCAGGGGCGCUUGCUUUCUGGAUGGCCAACGCGUCCGAGCUCCUCAACUUCAUCAAGCAGGACCGAGACCUGAGCCGGAUCACCUUGGACGCCCAGGACGUGCUGGCGCACCUGGUGCAGAUGGCCUUUAAGUACCUGGUCCACUGUCUGCAGUCAGAACUGAAUAACUACAUGCCGGCCUUUCUGGACGACCCCGAGGAGAACAGUCUGCAGAGACCGAAAAUAGAUGACGUCCUGCACACACUCUCGGGGGCCAUGGCGCUGCUGCGGCGCUGCCGGGUCAACGCGGCCCUCACCAUCCAGCUCUUCUCCCAGCUCUUCCACUUCAUCAACAUGUGGCUGUUCAACAGGCUGGUCACUGACCCCGAGUCGGGGCUGUGCUCGCACUACUGGGGCGCCAUCAUCCGCCAGCAGCUGGGCCAUGUGGAGGCCUGGGCGGAGAAGCAGGGGCUGGAGCUGGCCGCCGACUGCCACCUCAGCAGAAUCGUGCAGGCCACCACCUUGCUGACAAUGGAUAAGUACGCGCCCGAAGACAUUCCCAACAUAAGCAGCACCUGCUUCAAGUUGAACUCACUGCAGCUGCGAGCCUUGCUGCAGAAUUACCACUGCGCACCCGAUGAGCCCUUCAUCCCCACAGACCUGAUCGAGAACGUCGUGGCUGUGGCCGAGAACACGGCCGACGAGCUGGCGCGCAGCGAUGGGCGGGAGGUGCAGCUGGAGGAGGACCCCGACCUGCAGCUGCCCUUCCUGCUGCCUGAGGACGGCUACUCCUGCGACGUCGUCAGGAACCUUCCCAGCGGCCUGCAGGAGUUCCUGGACCCCCUGUGCCAGCGGGGCUUCUGCAGGCUGGUCCCUCACGCACGCUCCCCGGGCACCUGGACGAUCCACUUCGAGGGCGCCGACUAUGAGAGCCACCUUCUGCGCGAGAACACAGAACUGGCUCAGCCUCUGAGGAAGGAGCCCGAAAUCAUCACUGUGACCCUGAAAAAGCAAAAUGGAAUGGGCCUCAGCAUUGUCGCGGCAAAGGGUGCUGGUCAAGAUAAACUUGGAAUCUACGUCAAGUCCGUUGUGAAAGGUGGUGCUGCGGAUGUGGACGGGCGGCUGGCCGCGGGGGACCAGCUCCUCAGCGUGGACGGGCGGAGUCUGGUAGGACUCUCUCAAGAAAGGGCAGCAGAGCUCAUGACAAGGACAAGCUCUGUGGUGACACUGGAAGUGGCGAAGCAAGGAGCCAUCUAUCACGGCCUCGCUACCCUGCUCAACCAGCCGUCCCCCAUGAUGCAGAGGCUGUCAGAUCGCCGAGGCUCAGGAAAACCCCGACCAAAGAGCGAAGGCUUCGAGCUCUACAGCAAUUCCGCUCCCAACGGCUCGCCCGAGAGCCCUCCGCUGCCGUGGGCAGAGUACAGUGAGCCAAAGAAGCUGCCUGGCGACGACCGGCUGCUGAAGAACAGAGCCGACCACCGCUCCAGCCCUAACGUGGCAAAUCAGCCUCCGAGCCCUGGAGGGAAAGGUGCCUACGCCCCUGGAACGGCAGCGAAGAUAACGUCUGUCUCCACGGGAAACCUCUGCGCGGAGGAGCAGACGCCCCCGCCUCGGCCCGAGGCCUACCCCAUCCCCACGCAGACGUACACCAGGGAGUACUUCACUUUCCCCGCCUCCAAGUCCCAGGACCGGGCCGCUCCCCCUCCUCCUCCUCACAGCCAGUGGCCCCCUUACGAGGAGGAGCUGCUCGCGCACACGGACGGCAGUCACCCCAGCCUCGCGGUGCAGCGUGUGGCCCGUUCCCAAGAGGAACUUCGGGAAGAUAAAGCUUUUCACCUGGAGCACCACCGAGUGGAGGCGGUGAUGGACCGCAAGUCUGACAGCGACCUGUGGAUAAACCAGAGCUCCUCGGUGGGCUCCAGCGCAUCCAGCCAGGAGCACCUGGACCACGCGUCCAAGCCGGGCACACCUGCAUCCACCCUGACCAAAAGUGGCCCUGGGCGCUGGAAGACCCCUGCCACUGGGCAGCCCGCGCCAGCAGCUGUCCCCCAGCCUGGCCGCACGGACCUGCCCCCACCGCCACCUCCGCCUCCCAUGCACUAUGCCAGCGAAUUUGACGGGAUCCCGAUGGAUUUGCCUCUCCCACCUCCCCCUGCCAGCCAGCUGGGACCUCAGUCUGCGCAGGUGGCGGCUGCAGAGCGGAAGAAGAGGGAGGAGCACCAGCGCUGGUACGAGAAGGAGAAGGCACGGCUGGAGGAGGAGCGGGAGCGGAAGCGCCGGGAGCAGGAGAGGAAGCUGGGCCAGAUGCGCACGCAGCCGCUGAACCCGGCCCCCUUUUCUCCUGUGACUGUGCAGCCGCUGAAGCCGGAGAAGCCGGCCACGCUGCAGAGGCCCCCGGAGACCGUCAUUCGGGAGCUGCAGCCCCAGCAGCAGCCCCGCACCAUCGAGCGCAGGGACUUGCAGUACAUCACCGUCAGCAAGGAGGAGCUGUCCUCCGGGGACAGCCUGUCCCCCGACCCCUGGAAGCGCGAUGCCAAGGAGAAGCUGGAGAAGCAGCAGCAGCUGCACAUCGUGGACAUGCUGAGCCGGGAGAUCCAGGAGCUGCAGGGCAAGGCCGAGCGCAGCGCCGAGGAGAGCGACCGCCUGCGCAAGCUCCUGCUCGAGUGGCAGUUCCAGAAGCGGCUGCAGGAGUCCAAGGAGAAGGACGAGGACGACGAGGAGGAGGAGGAGGACGUGGACACCAUGCUGCUCACGCAGCGGCUGGAGGCCGAGCGCAGAGCCCGGCAGACUGCUGUGCCAGCAAUCUCUGUUCUAGAUUUGUUACAGGACGAGGAGCGCCGGCGGCAGCAGCAGCUGGAGGAGAUGCGGCUGCGGGAGGCGGAGGAGCGCGCCCGGCAAGAGGACCAGCGGCUGCGGCAGGAGGAGGAGCGGGGCAAGCGUGACGCCGAAGAAAAGAGGCGACAGGAAGAAGGGUAUUACAGUCGCCUGGAGGCCGAAAGGCGCCGACUGCACGACGAGGCAGAUCGCAGGCUGCUGGAGCCCGAGGAGCCGGCCCUGAGCAGGCCUCCGCUGCCGCGGGGCUACGAACCCACGGCCCUGCCCGCCCCGGCGGGUGCGCCACCCCCCCCACCACAGCGCACCACCUCCUCCCUGCAGGCGCAGGCCCUGUCCCCCGACUCCCUGUACACCGCCAAGCUGGUUGCCUACACCGAGGAGGAGGAGGAGGAGGAGAGCCCCGCAGGUCAGGAUGAGUGCUCCCGCUCCAGGACGUCUCGCGGGCACCUUAAGCCGCGCCCGGCCUCCGAUGGCAUCUUUCUCUCCAACUCCUUCCAGCCGCCCUCGGCCAGUGCCAACAGUACUGCCCUCAGAGCAGGCCAGCCCCCGCCCCCUCCAAAGCCAGCAGGCUUCGACCAUCUCGGCCACUCCAGGGCUAGAGGACCGAACUCUCUCACGGGAUCUUCUGGGACACUCGCCGGUGCUCAUGAUGCUCACUGGGACCCGAGAGAGAAGCUGUCUAAAAGCCAGGAGGCAGGAGUCCCUGGGGGCGCGGGAGCCCCGGAGAGCCUGACCUUCAGGGAGCGCCAGCGCCUCUUCUCCCAGGGGCAAGACGUGUCCAACAAAGUGAAAGCCUCCCGCAAGCUCACAGAGCUGGAGAACGAGCUGAACACGAAGUGAAGGCGGAGGCGCCUCUGCUCCCCGCGCCCUCCCACCAGCUCUGUGGGCCCCGGUGCUUCCGGCUGGGCAGUGGCUGGGGUUCAGGAUGCUCAGCCGGGAACUGCAGUUCACCAGCGAGGCCACGUGUGCAGCGGAAGCACUGUGGGCUCCUGUGACCUCCAACCGGGGGCAGGGGAAGGGCAGGAGGUGCCGAGGCCGCGCCCCUUCUUCCGGGAGCACGCAGUCCUGUUCUCUUCUCAGAAGCCUGCUCCCGCUCAGAGAAGAGCUUGAACUGCCCAGAGGAUGUUUGCACUACAGAGGGCAGCUGCGCUGUGGACAGUCCAGUCGGGCGGAUCUGCCUGGAGCACCGGCUGCGCAGGCGGCGGGUCGAGGUCCAGCCUCCCUCCGGCCCCGCCCGCUCCUCAGGUGCAAGCCCUCCUGACCCGCUUGCCUAUUUGAUGGGAAAACUUUCUCAACAGAACAUUUUGAGGCUUUAAGCUUAGGAAAUUUUAUUUUUAUAAAUACCAGAUUAGCUCUAUUAGACCACUGGUGAUUUUGAAGGUGGCGGUUAGCGUUGGAACGUUGACUAUUUCAGAUGCCUGAGGGGGUCUGUGAGGAGCCGCGAGCUCAGUGUUGCGUGAAACGGAGCCGAGGAGCCGGCGUUAGGGUGGGGUCAGGAUGUGAGUCCUGGCGGGGCCGCCGCUGCUCAGGGUUUACAUUCGGCCGAGAGCAGCGCCCGUGCUGGGGGGGGGGGGGUCCUGCCACCCGGCCCCUCAUUUACGUCCUGAGAAUGACUUGUGUGGCAGUUCAAGCUGUUUGUGCACACUCUGGUAGAGUUAUUUAAUUUCCAUUCGUUGAAUUAUUAGUUACCACUGUCGUUUGUUCAGCUGUGACUGCGUGGCUGAUGUCGGGGAGGCGGACCUCACUUUGUUUUACGUUGUGUGAUGUUAAAUGGUGACUCACUUUGUGAUUAUGCUCAAAUGUUCUAUGGACGAAGCCCUGAGGUGGGGCCGGGGCUUUUCUGUGCCACGUUGCUGUCUGACAGAUGUGUGUUAGAAACUCGCACACUUUCAUGGAGGGGGAGGGGCUUCCGGCCUGGGACCCACGGGGGAGACUGUAGGGUAAGCCUUUCCAGGGCGCGUGUCAGUCGUCCACACGGCCAGGGCUCUGGUGGGGGGGCGGGCAGCGGAGGGGCCUGCAUGGCUGUGAAGGAUCGCACGGUGCAGGCGGCUGGAGAGCAGGCUCCUCCCAGGCACCUCGAGACACUGGCGGCCCCACAGGGCGAAGCCCACAUGUCCCCCAAGAGAUGCUGUGGACCAACUGCUGUUCUGUUAACAUAUGGAAAGGCCCCGCCCACCAGCACGUGAGCGACACGCGAACAUGGCACAGGGCGGCUCAGACCGAGGCGGCGGCCUGCCCUCCAGGCGGGUUGGGCCUUUCGUGACUGCACUACUGUGGACGCAUCCAACUGCUGUAGCUUCCAUUCUACUGUAUUCCAGCCCAGCCUGUUUUUAAUAAACUUUGUAUGUAUUUAAGUGCA